CGCGGCUCAUCAUCCAAAAUACUCGAACAAGAAUAUGGUGAGCCGCUUCCUAACGUGAGACUACAGUAUCCGCCGUUCGUCACAUAAGUAGCACGAAUCUCAAAGUGACGUGAAGAGAGAUCACGAAUUGGUUUUUCUUUUUUUCUCUUUAACCCGUGUUUGCGAGUCGGUUUCCUCUACCACUCGUCCCGUAACUCCACCUCGCCCAUGGCGCGACCUCGUGGCGACUCCCAUGGAUGCGCCCUCCGCUUCGUCUUCUUCCUCUGGAUCUCGUCCAUGGCUCCGAUUUCCCUCGCGUAUAAGCCCGGAGACAUCGUCCCCUUGAGCAAAGCGGGGCAAUACCACGGGUCGAGAACGGUUUGGUUCGAUGUCGUCGGGCGCCAUUGCCCUGCUUUUGCUGUUAAUCGUGAGGUUCUAAUGCCCAUUCCGAAACCUACUGGGUACACUGGGACGGAUCCAUAUAAGAUAUCUUUCCAAGUUGGCCAUGAAAAGUUUUACGUUCCUUGGCUAUAUGUUAUUAACCGGAAAAGUUCUGAAGUGCCAAUGAUAGAUUUUCAUUUGAGGUACUCUGGAAAUGAUUUACAUGGCGUCACUGCGAAAGUUGUCGACAUGCCUCACCACUAUAUUGAGGUACAUCCUGACAUACGCAAGAACUUUUGGAACCCACAACAUUGGCCAAAAUAUGUACUUGUCAGGUACACAUGGGAGGAGCAAUCAGAAAUAGAUGUUGCAGGGGGUUAUUAUGUAUUGUUUGGAUCAGGGCUCGUUCUGUCGUUCAUCCUUGCAAUUUAUGUCUUGCAAUCAUCUCAAGACAAGUUAGCUAGGUUUGUGAGAGAGACUGUUGCAGAAAGCAGUAUGCCAGAGGGAGGAGUGGCAAAAGUUGAAUAAGUUUGCCAACUCAUCUAGCUCAAUCCACAACUGAAUCUCAAGUUGAAUCUUGAUGCUGGAUCUUCGAGAUCUGAGCUUAAUCUAAUCUCAUUAGUGGUACAGUCAUAGUUAGACAAUUACAUGAAUGCCUCUAUAAUAGAUAUUUUUUCCCCCUUUUUUGGAGGAUCAAUCUUGUGCUUAGCAAAAGGGUUAUAUAACCCCAUAAUCACAAAAUGUUGCUUGUUCGCAGAUGUAAUCUUUCCAGUGACAUUUUGUAGUUUGGCAGAGUGGAAGCCGCAAAUUACUUUCCCCAA